UCUCGCUCAUCUCUCAACGAACGAACUGCAGCGAAUUUUGAAACCAACACCCAACCAGACCUCAGCUAUGAGCUCACCUGCGCCGUCCCCGUCGCCGUCGCCGUCGCUGCUCACGUCGCACAGCAGCCACACACACAUGCAAACGACGCACAGCGCCACUGCAGCAACGGGAACAGCAGCAGCCGCGUUGAAUCACAGCGGCAGCGCACCUCUACUGGCCACGUCGUCGUCGUCAGCUGCAUCAACGCCAGGACCCACCAAUGCAAACCCAGCAGCAGCUGUUGCAGCGGUUGCCGAGUUCUGGUCGACCGUGGUUGCCCUUCCGCAGCUGCAGCGUGAAUUGGAUGCAUCUGCACAAGUUAUUGCGGACGCGCAAGUCGAGGGCGACGCGAGCCGGAAACGCCUGGUUGAAUUCACGCGCGAGUUCCGCAAGACCCUCAGCGAAGAGACAAAGACACUGAUCAAGCCCAUCAUGACAAAGUAUCAGACAGAGAUUGACACGCUAUCCAAGCGCGGAAAGAGCGCAGAGACGUUCUUGGCCAACGUCUACAGGAAACUGGCCGACGCCCCCGACCCUCUCCCUGCACUGCGUGAAACCUUGGCUCUGCAGCAACGCAUGCAAAGCGUCCGCGAUCUAGAAGUUGAAAAUCGCAAGCUGCGAGAAACAAUGGACGAAUACCACAAGGAAAUUGCCGACGUGAAAAAUCAAGACGUGACCAUUACGCGACUCAAAGAACGUGUCAAAGAGCUCGAGCAAGGCAUUGAUCAAUCCGUCAAGUCGAAAAGCAAAGCCGCCGAGCAGCAAAUGCAAGAAGAGUUUUCCGAGCGCGAGCGGGCAGUGCAACAGCAAAAGAUUGAGCUGGCAACGCGGCUCGGUCAACAGGAAGGGCUUGCGUCUGGGUUGAAAUCCCAGCUUGAGAUUGCGCAGUCACAGCUGAUGGACUUUCGUGCCCGCCAUGAGGAGGAAUUGCACGCCAAAGCAUCCGAGGUCGAGUUGUUGUUGUCCGACUUGGACCGAGCCAACACCAAGGUCGCCGCCGCAGAGCGACAGGCGGAUUUGCUCGCUGCUCAGAUUGAAGAGCUCAGUAAAUCAUCGGCUUCCGGCGGGUCGGUUGGCGCGCCUGGAAUUGGGGCGCUGCCAUCGAGUGAGCUGCAAGCACGGCUUACCCAGCUUGAUCUCGAGUUGCAUUCAAAGGAAAAGGAAAUCUCUCUUCUUGUUGAAGAGUUGCACAAGCAUCAGGUUGCGACAACCAAAGCCAAACAACUGCACGCACAAGAGCUUGAAGCGUUGGAGGCGCACAUUGAAGACGUGACUGCGAACACGGAGCGGCUGGAGCACGAGCUUGAGCUUCGAAGUGACUACGAGGACAUUAAGAAAGAGUUGUCCAUUCUGAAGAUGAUUGAGUCGUCCAAUCACCAAAAUAAUCUCAACUCGGAACCAGGCGGCGUCACCAGCGGCGACACUUCAACAAUAGCAGGCAAAUCCAUUGAAACCUUGCUGCUGGAAAAGAACCGGCUGCUUCAAUCUGAGUUGACUCAAUUGAAGGUCAACUUGAAUUUGCGAAACGAGGAAUUUGCAUUGUUGCACCAGGCUCAAGAAGACAAGAGCAAGCUCAUUUCCGGUCAACUCGCGCUCAUUGCUCAGCUUGAAAGCGAUCUCAUGAACAUGAGCAGUGAUACCACUCGCGAUCCUUCCGCCGGCAACCCAGUUCUGCAACGCUCUGCUUCAAGCACAAAUCACGUCUCGCUUCUCCUAGAGGCCACAAACGGCAAUGGAUCCGCGCCCGAGACCCCGGAUGCAAGCAUGCUCGUUGGCGGCCCGGUCGGAUUUGCCGCAGCAUCAUCGAGCGACGCCUCCUCAGCCGGACUGCUCCCAAUUGUCGCAGGUCAACGCGAUCGCUUCCGACAGCGCAACACCGAGCUUGAAGUUGAAAACCGCACUCUCCUCCAGCAAAUGGCGUCGCUGCGCGCGGAUAUUGAUGCGCUGCGCUCUGAUAACGUCAAGAUGUAUGAAAAGGUCAAGUUUCUACAGUCUUACCCGACAAAGGCGUCUGCAACCGGAAAUGACGCCAUCGAGCGCUAUUCCACACAAUACGAGGAGCAACUCAACCCGUUCCGAGAGUUUCAUGCGCAGGAGCGACAGCGCAAAGUGCAAGCCCUCAACGCGACCGAGCGGAUUACGCUCAGCAUGGGCCGCUUUAUCAUGUCCAACAAGUACGCCCGCAGCUUUGUCUUUUUCUACAGCAUCAUUUUGCAUGCAUUGGUAUUCCUGGUCUUGUACAAGCUGUCGUGGUCGCAGGCGUGCCAGGACGAGAGCGCAGCGCUUUGCGUCGAUCGCUUUGCCGUGCACAUGCGAGAGGAGCAUCACGGCCAGCGACGGUGACGUGGUCAUUUUUGUUUUUCCGUCUCAUCCCCCAUAUCGAUCUGUCUUAGCGCCAACUCCUGUUCCAAGGAAGGCAAUUUGAACUGCAUUUGAAAAAAACAGUUGAAACAAACAACAAAACGAAAAAAACGAAAAAAAAAAAAAAACCGCCAAGACGUAAUGCAAUUGGCUUCUAUUUUCCGCACUUGUUUACAUUACAAUAACAAACUUGUGAUAUUUUCCCCAAAAGCUUGUUUUUCG